GAGCGGCGCGGCCGUGGAACACCCAGGAGCGGGCUGUCGCGGGGGUGGCGGGGACGCGAGCGGCGGCUGCGCGGGGUGCAGGGCAAGCGGCCUCGCGGCUGCACCUUCCUCGCGGAGCCCGAAGCCGACUUGAAGCGACUGCGGUGAGGCGACAGCCCCGGCUCACACCCGAGAAGAAGUGGCCGUGGCGGUGGUGGCGGCGGCCCCAGCCAUGCUGUGCUAUGUGACGAGGCCGGACGCGGUGCUGAUGGAGGUGGAGGUUGAGGCAAAAGCCAACGGCGAGGACUGUCUCAACCAGGUGUGCAGGCGAUUGGGAAUCAUAGAAGUUGAUUAUUUUGGACUGCAGUUCACGGGUAGCAAAGGUGAAAGCUUAUGGCUGAAUCUGAGAAACCGAAUCUCCCAGCAGAUGGAUGGGCUGGCACCUUACCGGCUAAAAUUGAGAGUCAAGUUCUUUGUGGAGCCCCAUCUCAUCUUACAGGAGCAGACAAGGCAUAUCUUUUUCUUGCACAUUAAAGAAUCCCUCUUGGCAGGCCACCUCCAGUGUUCCCCAGAGCAAGCAGUGGAGCUUAGCGCCCUCCUGGCCCAGACCAAGUUUGGAGACUACAACCAGAACACUGCCAAGUACAGCUAUGAGGAUCUGUGUGAGAAAGAGCUCUCCAGCUCCACCUUGAACAGCAUUGUUGUGAAGCAUAAGGAGCUGGAGGGCAUCAGCCAGGCUUCUGCAGAGUACCAAGUACUGCAGAUCGUGUCAGCAAUGGAGAACUAUGGCAUAGAGUGGCAUGCCGUGAGGGACAGCGAAGGGCAGAAGCUCCUCAUCGGGGUUGGACCUGAAGGCAUCUCAAUCUGUAAAGAUGACUUUAGCCCUAUUAACAGGAUAGCUUAUCCUGUGGUGCAGAUGGCCACCCAGUCAGGAAAGAAUGUCUACUUGACUGUCACCAAGGAGUCUGGCAACAGCAUCGUGCUCCUGUUUAAAAUGAUCAGCACCAGGGCAGCCAGUGGGCUCUACCGAGCCAUCACCGAAACGCAUGCGUUCUUCAGGUGUGAUACGGUCACCAGUGCCGUCAUGAUGCAGUACAGCCGUGACUUGAAGGGCCACUUGGCAUCUCUGUUUCUGAAUGAAAACAUUAACCUUGGUAAGAAAUAUGUCUUCGAUAUCAAAAGAACAUCCAAGGAGGUUUAUGACCAUGCCAGGAGGGCUCUGUACAAUGCCGGUGUUGUGGACCUCGUCUCGCGAAGUGACCAGAGCCCUCCCAGCUCGCCUCUGAAGUCCCCUGACAGGAGCAUGAGCUGCAGCAGCUGCGAGGGCCUCAGCUGCCAGCAGACCAGAGCGCUACAGGAGAAGCUGCGCAAGCUAAAGGAAGCCAUGCUGUGCAUGCUGUGCUGCGAGGAGGAGAUCAACUCUACCUUCUGCCCCUGUGGCCACACUGUGUGCUGUGAGAGCUGUGCAGCCCAGCUACAGUCAUGUCCUGUCUGCAGAUCGCGUGUGGAGCACGUCCAGCACGUCUACCUGCCAACCCACACCAGUCUUCUCAAUCUGACUGUCAUAUAAUGUGUCCUGCACUUACUGGACAUGCCAUGUCCCCACAAGCUGCAGUAUUGUAAUCUAUAAGAAUAAUAACUUCUUGAAGAAAUAUUUCACUCUCAACACCCAUCUGCCAUGAGACAUUUUCAGAAACAAAGAGGAAAAGAAAAACAAGAAUGCCACCACUCCUCUUCCGUGAGUAGAAGCAACAGCCCCCAUGGCAACCAGGAAGAGCUCUGAGACAUGGACACAUUCCUUGGACUUUGGGGUUUUGUCUUUUUUUUUUUUUUUUAUGAUCAAGUAAAGGAGUAGAUAAAUAUCGUCUUUGUCAGUCAAGUGGCAAACAAAGCCAACGUGGAUACCUUUUAGAAAACGAUGUCACAUGUCUCCUUAACUUCUCCCAAGGCAGCAGAUUUUGUAAGAGUUUCCUUGGUUCUUUUUGUAUGGUCAUGGAGUGCUGAAACAUUUUUUAAUAGGAACAUUUUUUCUUACAGAAAUAGUCCUUAUUAUAAUGUCAUUUCUGUCUUUAUAACUCAUUCAAGGACGACUGGAAAGCUAGCAGAUUGAAAGGAAAUCCUGUGACUUCUCGAGGGUUGGUAGCAACGUCGUCGAUUGAAGCCAGUCUGGCUGAGAGCAGACAGGUAUCUUAACGUAGGCGGCUUCCUUCCUGGCCCUUCUGUUCCCCUCACCCCAUGGCUUUCGGUGAUAGACAUGCUACCAGUUUGGUUAAAAGACUUACAUGGCAUAGUGGAGCAGUCCCUGGGCUUUUGAGCUAGUGGAAUAGUUGGAGAUUGGAAAGGGAGAGUGGUUUUCUUGGAGGGAAACGCUAACAGGAAGAGAGGGGAAGAGAGAAAAAGAGAGGAGAGCCCAAGAGCCUCCUGUUGCCCUCAGGUGGCUCUUCACUUUCCCCAGCGCUCACUCCAGCUACACCCAUGGGUGUCGCCUUCUCAAAGAUCAAACUUUCUACAGCCUUAUCAUAGGUUUCUAGAUAGUGUCUCCUUUUUCAUAUAUGUUCUAUUUCACUUUGUGUUUUCUUAAGUCAGUGCGUCCAUAUUCAUUGUGUUGUCCCCUCUGCAUCUUUCGGAGGUGGGGUUACUUCAUUCUGUUUCCAUAUUCUUAAUUAUAUUUCCAGUCCCCCUACCCCCAAACACACACACACUUGGGCAUUUUGGAAGCUAGUGAGCUAGGGGGUUUUCUAGGGUGUCAGGAGACCUAGCUGACCUCAUCGGGUGCAAUACUAGCAAAGUUAAAGCUAGAAACCGACACUGUCACUUUACUGAGAUUUCUGAGUCUACGUUUCAUAUUGCCUUAAUGUAGCAGUAAUGUGUUUAUGCAUUUGUUUCUUUGCACAGACAUUUUGUCAGAUAUUAAAACUCUACUUUUUUAUGGCACAUAUUAGCAUAUAAGCCUUUAUUCCAAGAGGUAUUUAUUUUUUCACUUGUAAAAAAAAAAAAAUAAUGUUUCCACAUAAAAAACUCUGUUAUAUCCUAGAGGACUUCUGUCUUUUAUAUUCAGGAUAAUAAAGACUUUAAAGCAAAUGGG